CUCUGAUUCAGUGAUUCUCAUCUUUCACUCUCUCUCUGCACGAGGAAAGAACCAAAAUGGGUUCUGUUUCUCUGAAAAUAGGCGAUGGAACAGCCAGAUUCCAAAGAGCAACUCUGUGUUCUUCAGCUGUUAACAUUCUCAUGAUAUUCUCUGUCAUCACAACCAAUCUUUUUGCUCUCUAUGCCUUCACUGCUUCCCCAAAACACCAUCAACAACACCUUCUUCACCAUGGUCACAAGAACAUCACUGUCAUCUCGGAACAGGUCUCACUCAUACUGAGAGAGAUCGAUUUGUCUCAGAAGAAACUGGCCCAGAUGGAGAAAGAGCUUCUAGGAUAUGAAAGCAUUGAUCUUUCAAGACCCAACAUUGCUAGUGAACUCAAACUAUUCCUCCAGCGCCACCAGCUCCCUCUGGGCAAAGAUUCAAGAACUGGGAUCACUGAAAUGGUGCCAUCUGUUGGCCAUUCAUGUGAGAAAUCUGCAGACUUGUUGUCUCAGUUCAUGAGUUACAAGGUUUUUGGACCUUGCCCUGAUGAUUGGAGUGUGGCACAGAAACUGAUCUUGAAAGGAUGUGAACCUUUGCCUAGAAGGAGGUGUUUUGCAAAGACUGUUUCUAAGGUAGGCCUUUAUCCCUUUCCAGAUUCUCUUUGGAAACCUGUUGGUAAUAAGACAGUUAAUUGGAGUGGUCUUAAUUGUAAGAAUUUUGAAUGUUUGAAUGCUAAGAAGUUGAGUAGAGAGUGCAUUGGUUGCUUUGAUUUGGUUAAUGGCAAUGAGAAUCAGAGGUUUAUCAAGGCUAAAAGUAAGAAUGAUUUUCUAGUUGAUGAUGUUUUGGACUUGGGAGGUGGAGGAAUUAGGAUAGGGUUUGACAUUGGUGGUGGGUCUGGAUCCUUUGCUGCUAGAAUGGCUGAUAGGAAUGUUACAGUGAUUACUAGCACUCUCAAUGUUGAUGCUCCAUUCAGUGAGUUCAUUGCUGCAAGAGGGCUUUUGCCUCUUUACUUAAGCUUAGAUCAUAAGUUCCCAUUCUAUGACAAUGUAUUUGAUUUGAUUCAUGCUUCUAGCGGCUUGGAUGUUGGAGGUAAGCUAGAGAAGUUGGAGUUUUUGAUGUUUGACAUCGAUCGAGUUUUGCGGGCUGGUGGUUUGUUUUGGCUUGAUAACUUCUUCUGUGGCAAUGAAGAGAAGAAACAAGCUUUGACUCGGUUGAUAGAAAGAUUUGGAUAUAAAAAGUUGAAAUGGGCUGUGGGAGAGAAGGUCGAUAGUGUUGGGUCAGGCAAACCUGAAGUUGUGUUAUCUGCUGUCCUUCAGAAACCUGUUAGAGUUUAGGAGAUUAUACUACAAACAGCAAGAAAGAAUAAUCUUGAUUCUCCUAAAUCUCUUUCACACGUAAUUUGUGUGAAUGAAUUGCUGCCAGCAUCAUCAUCAAG